UUUAUAUCCACAAACGCCAAUGACCCCUCAAGCCAUUCAUGACUUCUCUGUCCGAAGCCAGAGAUCCAGCACGUUCCUAGUCACGACCACGCAAGGUAAUAGAGAAGGACACAUAUGGGCUCCUCCGCCCAAGCCUCCAGACCGCCUUCAUAUCCCCAUCCAUGUUCAUCAUCUCUAGAA